UACGGCAGCACAUGUGACUCUUCUUUUCCACGGUUGAUUUAUUUGUUGUUUUAGCUUGAUAGAAAGGAACCCGUUACUUAUUUUCCUUUAUUUUCCUGUCUGUCUGGUCAGAUUAAGCAAUAUGAUGUCUGUAGAUGUGCUCAGAGCGUGUGCUGUGCUGCAGGACUGCGCUGAUCAGUUGGCUGUGUUAGGAAAUAUUAUACACCACGGAUCGGACACUAAGCAAAGGACCGAACUGCAUCUGAAAACAGCUCGACUGAUGGCUGGGAGCAGUUUUUCUGAUUUCACAGGAGAAUUACACCAAUCCCAAAAACAACUUAGUAUUCAGGAGAGGCUAUUUACUCCUGACAACCUGGCCAAAGUGCAGAAAGACAGGCAAUUUGUGUCAGAUGUGAUAAAUGGGCUAAUGGUUGACCUGCAGGAGAAGAACUCUUUUCAGAGUCUCUUUUCGGCAGUAGAAGAGCAGCGAAAGAAGAAAGCCCAGCUUCUGGACAUAAUAAACAGGGAGGAAGAGGGUCGACUCAGGAUUAAAGCACUGCAGAAAGAGUUACUUGACAUUCACAAGCAAAAAACAGAGGAGUGUGUGAGGCUUGAAGAGUUGGUGGCCUACCUGAGAGACCAGGUACAGGACAUAAGAGUGCGGUCAAACCGACAAGGGAAAUUCGUGAAUAGCUGUGCUGAACAGCUGGUCUGCCAGGGACUGAAAGUCAACAGUCAGAAAGAGAAGGAACUGGAGGAUGAAGUCGGGAUCCUGCAAGAGAGAACUGAAGAGGAAAAGAAUGUUCACAAUGAGUUGGAGACUUUCCUUAAAAGACAGCAUGCAAACUUACAGGAGAAGUUACAGUUUUGGAUCCAGCGGUAUGAAAAAGACAUGGAGAAGAAGGAGCAAGAGAUCACUGCUCUACAGAAUAAAAGAAACGUCAGCCAGGCACGAAUUCAGGAGCUGUCCAAGAAGUGCAGAGACAUGCAAGAAGUUAUCAUUGAGGACAGAACAGAGAAGGAACACUUGCGUGCACAGCUAGAGAAGGAGCAGAAGGAGAGAGAUGCAGCAACUAAGAUCCAGGCCUGGUGGCGAGGGACUCUUGUACGUAAAGGAUUGGGUUCUCCUAAGAAAGAUAAAUCCAAGUCUAAAGGUGGCAAAAAAGGCAAAAAGAAGAAGAAAUAAUUACUGUGACAAUAUUUUUUGUCAGUUUUUAGUGGCUGCAUUAUAUAAAAUAAUUACAAUAGCCAAGUAAAUCUUUGCAAGAGCAGUAAAAGAGUGAGAGUUUCUAAAUCAAAAGUGUGUUAUAAAUCACAGAGAUGUGGGUUUAUAUACAAACAAUGGAAAUAAAAAUUAACUAGAACAAG